UUUACCAUGGCGGACGAAGAAGACAAACCCCAACUUCGUCUCACCCAUUAUACCUCGAAAAUCUCCGGCACCACCCCACUUCAUUCCGCCGUCUCACCACUGCCGCCGCCACCAUCUCCAUCAACCCUGUCCAUCAUCAACAACGAAGACCUCUUAACCGAAAUUCUACUCUGCUUACCACCAAAAUCCCUCCUGCGCUUGCAAUGCGUCUCCAAACUAUGGCUCUCAAUCAUUUCCAGGCCCAAUUUCCGCCGCCUUCACGCCCGCCGCAAUCCCACCUCCUCCGCCGCCGCCACCAACCUCUUCUUUUACCGGGUAUUUUGUUGGGUUCCUGAGUUCAAUUUCCUUUGUCUUAGCAAUAGUUUGGAAGAUGUCAAUUCCAUGCGUGUUAUAACUUCUAAUUUGAGCAAUCGAAGGGAGGGUUUUCCAUGGCGGAUUCACUCCUGUAAUGGGUUGAUCUGUUUGGACCCGUACGAUGAUGAAAGCACAAAAUUUUUUAUGUAUAAUCCUACUACCAAUCAGAGUCGGUUUAUUCAGCUUCCGGAUUCGCCCGAGGAUCGCCAUUCAAUUAGGGAUUUGAGUUUGGCUUUCGAUCCUUUAAAACCCGACCACUACAAAAUUUUAUGCGUUUGGAUGAGGUUGCCGGAGAUUGUACUCCGGUUUUCAUUGUACUCCUCGGAGACUGGGGUUUGGAAGGAGACAGAUGAGUCCUAUGAGUUUGAUUUUGAGUGGGAUGAGGAGCUUGACGAGGAUGACAACUUGAGUUCCAUGUUCAAUAGUAUAAAUGUUCUUUUCAAGUAUGGGGCUUAUUUGGAUGAUGCUAUGCAUUGGGCGAAUGCUGAUGGGGAUUUUUUGUGCUUUGAUUUGUGGAGUGAGAGGUUCAAGCCAAUGCCAAGUCCUUUGAUUCCUGAUGACCAGUGGAGAAGGAAUAUCUUGUACUUUGGGGAGUCUGGUGGGCAUUUACAUCUCAUCGAGACGUACAGUCCUCGAGCUACAUUGGUUGAUGUUCUGGAGAUGGAGAGUGAUUAUUCGAAGUGGUAUGUCAAGCAUCGUGUUGAUCUUGAUUUUUUGAUCGUUGAGUACCCGUUGAUUGUCAAUGAGGCAUUUGAUCCUGAUGAAGUGGAAAGAUAUCAAUUUAGAGUUCCGAGUUUUGUUGCAGAUGAAAAAGAGAACAAGGCAAAGCUUGUGUUGUCAUUGCCAGGUAAGUUGAUCUCAUAUGACAUUAUCACAAAGAAGGUUGUUGAGCAUGUGGAAAUAAAUCCUCCAGGUGCUCUUUAUUUUGGAGAGAAUCUUACAUUGUAUGAUUGGAUUGAUGCACACAAGCACUUGGAAACACUUGCUUGUGUUUAGUUAUUAUGUAUAUCCUUUGCUAUUGGUGCAGAACAUGUUCUUGACUGAAAUUCUUUGUGCAUCGAGGUGAUCUAUAUUGUUAUCUUACUCAAAUGGUACACUUUCUUUGCUUUGGAGCAAAUGAAUGUCUGCCAAGUGUCAACCAUUGUUAAGCUUGUUCUUGGCGUUCAACAGUUUGAUGUCAAGGGGAAAUUUAAUCCAAGUGCUUGAAUUAACCA